CAAUCACCACGCGCGGUGGGCGGUUUUCUGCACCGCGGGCGGUGCACAAACAAUUGCUCUUAACCUGCAACUGGAGCAACCAGGUAUCUCGCUCUGCCUCCUCCAUCUGGUUCGGUACUUCGAGUCCGCGAGACCCUUCGAGCCGGGCUCGCAAAGCCCCAAACCAAACCGCCUGCCUCCAGCCCACUAUAUUUGAAUCCAGUAUCUCAUGCGACCGAUCCCCGCUUCUUGAAAGAAAACCCUAGACUCGACUGGAAGAGGAGGUCCGAAGGUUGUAUUCUCCUCGCAUCUUCGCGGCUGAUUUCUUUCCAUUGCACUGGACUGCGCCCGCUCUCCUGGUGAAGGAUAUAGCAAGGGUUGCUAAUCCAUUUUAUUGGGCAACGAGUAUUGAGAAAAAGCAGAUCCUACUGAACCAUUGUUAAAGUCUAUGUCCUUUGAGUAAGGAAUGCAUCUGCAUGUGAAAAAUAUCCGAAACUAUUUUGUGGUUCUGUCUGAUUGCGGUCAUCUUUGUGAUGCUGUGAGAGUUAUUGAAUGCUGUGGAGAACGUAAGGCAGGCAUUUAGAAAAUGGCACAGUCGGUUGUUUUAACUUUGUUGGCAACUUGGUUGAAUGCUUCUAUAGAGACCUCUUGUUAUGCCCCUAUAAUUGGAAUGGCUGAGCGAGAGAUGGAGUAUAGGGUAGAGCUUUUUAACAGGCUUACCAAGACAUGUUUUGACAAAUGUAUUGAGAAAAGGUAUAAGGAAUCUGAGCUCUAUAUGGGUGAGAAUAGUUGCAUUGAUUGUUGUGUUUCAAAAUAUUGGCAAGUAAGUUGUAUUAUUUGUGUGAAAUUGCUUGAACUUGAUAUUUAUGUGAGGCAUAAUUAUAUUAAUAGAUUUAAUAACAUGAAAUAGUACCGACAAAGAAGAAUUUAGAUGAGAUAAUUUGACAAUGAUAUGUUCCAAAACUUUGACGAAGAUCCAUUAAUGAGUGCUAUGAAACUGUGUCCAAUUUCUCAAAUUCCUGGCUUAGCUGUAUUACAUUUUACUUUUUUUUCAUCCACUUUUGAUUGCAUUGUGAUUACCAUUGGUUGUCCAUCACAUUAAAAUACAUCAACAUGAACAAUGCCAUUAAUAUGCAUUUUGUUUUACCAUGGUGCACCCAUGGUUGUCUUUUCAUAGAGCUAUAAGUUGCAUAUCAUCGUUAUGAUUUUUUAUCUCUUGACAAUCUUAUGGAAUUGAACAAGUUAAAUCCUUAAGAGUUUGUUCUUUUGAGGGUAAAAGAUUUAACUAAGAAUCUGUAUUUUUCU